UCAAGUGCAUUAGAAAAGAUUUCCCAUAAUGUUAUAAGUGAUAAACGAUUAUGGAUCACCAUUUAUAGUGGAUUAUACAGUACUUGUGUUUUAAAAAAAUUGGAAGAGAAAGGCAUGUCCAUACAUAGCAUCAUAAAAGCAAUGAAACUUGGCCUUAUUAGCCUUAGUUAUUGUGAACUUCUUUAUUUUAAAGAUUUCAAAGUAGAACCAUAUAUUUUGGAAUUCAAAGGAAUGUGGUCCAGUAAACUUAGUGAUGAAUUAAUUUUAAAUUUAAGACCUACAGGUUUAUGUGAGAUAGAAUGUUGGAAUAUCAUUAUACAUGGAGUAAUGCUUCAAAGUCCAAGUAUUCUUCGUCAUUUAAUUUUAAGUGGUAUUGAUGUUCCUGGAAUUUUAAAUUGGAAAUCUCCUAUUAAUUUUGCAUCAUCUAAAAUAAUUGAAUUUUUGAGACAUAUUGAGAUAGAGGAAAAUAUUAUACAAUUAGUAGAAUAUCAUGGAAUCAAUGAAGAAACUGAACAAAUGUUAGUUGACUUAGGACUUAAUGAAAUGGAAGAAAAAAUCUCAAAUAUGGAGGAAAUAAUAUGUGAAUGCAGUUUAACUAUAUUAGAACCAAGCAGUAGCAGUUUAAAAAUAACAGAAAAUAUUUUUAAAAUGGAUAGUUCUAAAAGCAGCUCUAGUUUUAUUGAUGCAUCAGAUGAUUUCCAACAAUGUACUUGUCAAUGUUAUCUUUCAGCAAAGAACAAAACAAUAGAUGAAAUGAUUGCAGAACGUAAUGAUUAUUUGCGGUAA